UUUCUAACAAAAUCUGAUUGAGACUAAGUCACGCUAUUUUCAAAAAGAAAGAUUCCCUGAGUGAACCAGUUUUUAGUACAACUUGUCUUGAGAACACUUAGUAACUCUCCUGGUACCAAUUACUGAGUACAAUACCUAGAAAAGCCACUCUAGAUCUUAGAUACUAAGCCCCAUGCAAGUUAUUAAAAUUGUAACCAUUUUGGAAAGUUACUUUUAAAAGAGCUUAGGGAAUUCCCUGGCGGUCCAGUGGUUAGAACUCGGCGCUUUCACUGCUGGGGCCUGGGUUCGAUCCCUGGUCAGGGAACUAAGAUCCCGUAAGCUGCGAGGCGCGGCCAAAAACAAACAAACAAAGAGCUUAAAGUGCAUUUUUCUUAGUUGUCUUAGAGGCUUCCUGUACAGUAGGAGUCUAUGCAGCUCCCAUGGUUUCUGAUAUUUAGGAAGCUAUGUUAAUUCCUGGAGGCCAUCUGGGAACUUAAUUUGAGGACCCUAAGAAAUUACUGUAGUUAAAUUUUAUAGAAGUCAUUCCACCAAGAAAAGAACCUUGUUUUUAGAGACAGGAGACCUGUGGGCUGGGAAACGGGUGCCUAGCAUCCCUAGGAGAGAUGGAGAAGCUACCUCACCCCCAGAGCAGUCACAAAGCACAGGGGUCGGGCUAUUUAGUAAUCACUGGACCUUUAUGUGACAAAGAAGGCACUCUGGUACUGUCUCUAACCUUGAUUCCAUUUGACCUAUUUAUAGCCUGCAUAUUCUAGCUUUGGGGGCCUUUUUUUCACUGACAUCAUGUAGACACUAUUUGACAAAACACGUUUGUUUACAGAACAGAGGGUUUUGACAUUCUGCUGCCUCUAAUAAGCUCUCCUUUCUGCUUGGCUGAGAUCACUCAGAAGAAGAAAGAAGAAACCGUUGCCUUUUGCUGUCCAGUUAUUGGAAGCCAGGCCAUGCUUGGGUGCUUCACCUGCGUUCAUUCAGCUCCUGCCUCACAGCAGCCAAGUAUCAUAUUCUCACAAAACAAGGAGGAAGCAGAAAAAGAGCCCAAAUGGUCAUUUUCCUAAUGCAUAUUUAUCUUUUUUCAGAGAAAAAUAUCAUUCUCAUAAGCACAAUAACAGCCUUCCCCUAAUUACUCAUUGGCCAAAACAGAUUGAUAUGACCAUUCAUAAGACAAUUCAUGGCAAAGAGGGAUAUGAUAAUGACCGUCUUAGCCUAACAAGGAUUUAUCCACUAAAGCUGAAUGCUUCACUCCUCAAAAAAAUCAUAAAGUUCUACGAACAAGGAAGAACUACUAAGUGACUGUUAAGUAAACCAUCAGAAUUGUUUGUCCAAGACCAUAUGAUUCCUUUUUUCCACUGGAAAUGGAAUUCAUUGCCUUAGGUCUUUUUAAAUAGUGUACUAUUACUGUUGGGGCUGGCUCUGUGCUUGAAAACCAGUUUAUUUAUAACCUGUUACAAGUGCUAUAUCUGUUUGCAGUUAAGAAAUGCAGAAUUCAAAGUGAUCUCCUAGCUUGUAAGCAAGCUGAGAUUCAUUGUCCCUCUUCUCUAAAAAAAAUGAGUUAAUGUGUCCAGAAACUAACUCUAGUAAAGUGGGGUUUAACAUUAAAAAAAAAAAAAAAAUUCAAGCACAUCGAGGUUGGGUAUUCUGCAUCCUCACUCCAUUUGAAAAGUGCAGACGCAUUCAACGCAUUACCAUCUGAUUCCAACUAGCAGGAUUGAAAACAAAUGGUUUUACUCUAGUUAGUUCUAAAUAGAAACACUUUAAUAUUGAAUUGAAUGAGGUUCAAAUUAUCCUUUUCUACAUAGCAACUGCAUGUUAGGUCUUAAAAUUAGCAAGGAUUCAAGUUUAGCGAUCUGCCUUUCCUUACUUUUAACCAUAUGUGAUAUUUCCUAUUUCUCAUAGCACUCUUUCCAUCUGCUUUGGCUGUCUAUUUCCUACCACUGGACUUUAAGAUCCACUGGACUCUCUCUGCUGAGGACCCAUAACAAACUCCAGGACCAGUAUGUUUAUUGACUACAGGUGUUAAGCACUUUGCUAAGGAACAGAAAGCUGCAAGAUAGAAUAUGUACUUCACCUGAGUGGGUGCAUAGAAACCGGCCGUGUGUCUGAAUCUUUUAAGAACUCAAGUGGAAGGUAUGCUUACAAGUUUAAAGGUCAGAAUCACAACAUACAGACUUGAAUUGGAAUGACUGCAAGACAGUUUCAGGAUUAUAAAACUUCUAUGUAAAAGAAGUUAAUAAAAGGCGUAUUAAGAGACUAGGCCGUGGGAGAGCCGGAUGGAGGCAGCAAGAGCAUCGGGAGCCCUGGAGGGCAGUGAUCCCGCCGAGAGGGGCCGUUAGCUGCCACCUGGGAGACAGCAGAGGAGGUGGUGGCAAGAGGCCAGAUUCUGGAAACAUUUUCAAAGCAGUGACUGUUUCCUAUUAUCAUCUCUCCAAGAUUAUCCACAGUUCCACUUCUGACCAUGAUGGAAUAACAAGGACUGAACUGAACUUCCUGCCACAAACAACCAGAAAACUGGACAAAAUAUAUAAAGCAACUGUUUUCAGACAUUGGAAGACAGACAGCACAGGACUAUGAUGCCUGAGAAAAAGGGAGCAUAUGAGGUUGAAUGCCUCCCUAACUUUCUUUGUGGAGGCAAUUUCCAGAAUACUUGGAAAAUAAACCCAAACAGAGACUAGAGAUUAGCUGAGUUGAGGAGACAGAGACCAGCAUUCUCAGAGGCUGAGGGAGCUGAAUUUGAAGGGCAGAGUUUUUUUUGUUUGUUUGUUUGUUUUUUUUUAAAAAAAAGCACAGCUCCAUAAAUCUGAGUCUUUGCUAAAUGUUUGGCUGUGCAUACAUCGACUGAAAAUCCACACAGCCCAUCAAAGAAUAACCAGGGAGUUGCAAGCUAAAUGAUUCCCAGAAAUCACAGAGGAUGGGCAGACAUUUGAGCUCUGACCAGUCAGAAUGGGAAGUCCUCAGUGAAAACCUCUGAGCAGUCAUUACUUAGUAGUGGGGCAAAAUUGCCCCUGGAGUGAAGGCUACUCUAGUCUCUUCCUAGUACAGCUGAAACACAGUUUUCAAAGGAAUCAAAAUGAUCCAGAAAUAACUUAGCUGCCUAAAAAAACCCAAAGCUCAACACUCCUUGAAGGGAGACAACAAAAUUCAGGCAGUCAACAAGGAUAACAUUUACACCGUCCACCAUUCAACAAAAAUUAGUAAACAUGGUAAAAUGCUCAACUCAUUUGCUCUUAAGACUUUAGGGAAAUACACACACACACACACACACUCACAUAUAUAUUCCCCUGUUUAAAAGUGUGAUAGUCCCUGAUCCCUGACAUCUUAAAGUCACUUAAUCAUAGGAAUUAAGUCUAUGCCAUUUCGUGAAGAUAAUCCUAUUUAUCUUUGAGUUAAAAGCAUUCAGUAAAAUGGAGCUCACUUUCUCUCCUAUGACUUCCAUCACAGCUGGUCAACUCUGUUUGUUUUAUGUUAAGUUAGAUCCACUACUGUCUGUAGAUUUGUACUCUGGUGUUCUGAAACAACAUAAAGUCCUCUUUCUCUUCUAACAAAACUGAGACUAGUUCUCAGGCCAUGUUUUUCUUAAGGUAAAUAUAUCCAACUCCUUCCAUUUCUUUCUGACAAGAUUCUUCUUAUCAUUUUUUGGAGGCUCUCUAGUUCCUCCAUGUUUCUUUUUAAAUUGCUGCCAUGUUAAAACUAGAAAAAACUUGUUCUACAAAGACUGGAAGUCCAAUAAGUCAUGGGAGUGUGAAAUACAUUUUCAUAUUGAUUUUGUCAACAAUAGUGUUAAAGGUAAUAAUCAUAUCUAAAUGUAUUGAUCCCUUAAGCUAUGCCAGACACUAUGCUAAGUGCUUCAUAAGGAUUCCCUCAUUUUAUUCUAACAAAUCUAUGAGGUAGAUGCUAUUAUUAUCUUUGUUUCAUAAAUGAGAAAUUUGGACCAUUGAGAGGUUUAUAGAUGAACUAUUAUCACAGUAAUAUUGUAUAAUAAGCUACCCCAAAACUCAGUGGUUUAAAACAAUGCUUAUUUGUUCUCACACAUCUGUAGGUUGGCUGGAGUUGGGCUGAUCUAGGUUGGGCCCAUCUGGACAGCUCUGCAUCUCAUUGAAAGACUGGUUCAGGCAAUUCUGCUCCAUAUAUCUCUCAUUCUUCUCCUGGGACCCAAGAGCUAGCCAGGGUGGACCUAACGAACAUUACCGUUAAAGGACAAAACCUCAUUAUUCCAUCUCCAGACUCCGAUGUGUUGUAUGUGCUUCUAGAACGUGCAGUUUUCUCUUCUGGCAUCUUGGGCUAUCCUAUUACUGACUUCCUUUGAACAAGAGGACAUGAAAUUAAACUGUGAUCCUUCUUUUGUUUUUUUAAAAACUAGAUACUAAUGGAAGAAAUGUUCACAUAUUGAGGUGAAAGCUGUUGUCCUGGACCCAAGUAAUGGCUUUAACACGGAUAGAACUCUCGUGAAAGGUGAUGUGCAGAAACUUGUAAAGCUUUGUGUGACUCGGCUAUUGGACAGUAAAAAUCCUUCCCUGGACACCAUUAAGAUGCAAGUCUAUUUUGAUAUGAAUUAUACAAGUCGAGAGGAAUUUCUCGAAGAACAUCACCGGGUCAUAGAGUCUAGAUUAAGCUCUGUUAGCAGAGAAAUUACAGAUAGUCGAGCAUGUGUUCGAGAAGAACUGGAAAGCCUCUACCGCAAGAUCGUCAGCUACGUGUUACUGCGCUCUGGGCUGGGGUCCCCAACAGACAUCAAGAUUGUCAGAGAGGCAACAGCUGCCCUACAGAGUGUUUUUCCUCAGGCUGAGCUUGGGACAUUUCUAACUCUUUCUAAGAAGGACAGAGAACGCCAGCUGAAAGAGCUCACCAUGAUUGUUACUGGAAUUCGUUUAUUUAACCGAGACUGUGGAAAGGGAGGAGAAGGCAUUGAUGACUUGCCAGCUAUGCUACAGGAAGCAAUCCCAGCCACCACUCAGCAUGUUGAUUCCCAACUUGAGGUGGUCCAGGACCAGGCAUACCGCUACACAGCCAUCCUCGAGAAAGUAGCAGAGAACCCACUCUUGAGUCAAGAACUUCAGCCCUAUAUGUUAAAAGAAGCACUAUAUAACGUGCGACAAUAUGAGUUCUUCCUUCAGAUCAUUUUGUCGGAUAUAAUUACUUGUGCUCAAGAAGUGGAAAUGAUGAUAAAGCAGUUAGGAGCCCAACUGGAACAAUUACAAUUUACUGUAAAAUCAAAGACGGCUGUCCCAACAUCACAAGUCUUUCCCAUCUUCAUUGCCCUUUCCAAUCUGUGGACUAGCUUUCAGGAUGAAGCUGUUUUGAUUAGCAUCCUCAGUAAUUUAUCUACUCAUCUUGAGCCAUUUCUGGGGACUCAUGAACUGUUCUUUCCUGAGAAAGUGAUGCAAGCUCUUCUUGAUGGAGUGACUGUGAAAACUGAUGCGUGUAGAAUGAAAGAGCACAUGGAAGAGAGAGUAAAUCUGGCGGAUUUCAGAAAACUAGAAUGGCUUUUCCCAGAAACAACAACCAAUUUUGAUAAAUUGUUGAUUCAGUAUCGAGGAUUUUGUGCUUACACAUUUGCUACAACAGAUGGUCUUCUUCUUCCAGGAAAUCCAGCAAUUGGAAUUUUGAAACAUAAAGAAAAGUAUUACACUUUCAAUACCAGAGAUGCUGCAUAUUCAUUUGCAGAAAAUCCUGAAAAUUACAUUGAUAAAAUUAGAGAAAAAGCCAAAAAAAAUGCAGAAUUGAUUGAGCUACUGGAACUUCAUCAACAGUUUGAAACCCUUAUUCCAAACUCUCAGAUGAAAGAGGUUGACAAACAUUACAUAAAACCAAUUGCAAGGUGUGAAAGUAGCACACAGACGGAUACACAUUUAUUGCCACCAACAAUUGUGAGAUCAUAUGAGUGGAAUGAAUGGGAAUUAAGAAGAAAAGCUAUAAAAUUGGCCAAUUUGCGUCGGAAAGUUACUCACUCGGUACAGACUGAUCUUAGUCACAUGAGAAGAGAAAACUGUUCCCAGGUGUACCCUUCAAAGGAUGCUAGCACACAGUCAAUGAGGGAAGCCAGCAGCCAAGUGCCCCGGCCCCAGAUUUAUGUAGCUGGUUUCCGCGGGGGCCAUACCAAGACCACCUGUGAAAUCAAGGUGAACUUAACUAGAGCCAUUGAUGAAACCUAGUUAGAGACCACACUUUUAACGUAGAUACCACUAAAUUGUGAACAAUGGCAAAUAUUUAAAAGUAUUUUUGCAUCCAUGAAAAUUAGCUAAUUUUGUGGGGCUGGCACGUUCAUUGGUGGUAUGAAUGUUUUUGGGUUCCCACCCAUGUGCACUGUCAAACUGCUACAACAAAUGAAAAAUCGUUUUCUGUAAUACAUUUUUCAUUCUAUUAAAAUUGCAAAGUAAAACUCUGUCCAUUCCUCUUUGACUUGUAAGAAAAAGUUUGGUAGCAUUAUGACUGAAAUUAUUAGAUAUUAAUAUAAGAUGAUUAGAUAUUAAUAUAUAUAAGAUUGUUAUGCAUGGGAUAGAAAUUUAUUUAGAUAACUUUUUAUAUAUUGAUAUAAGAUUAUUGUACCUGGGAUAGAAGUUUAUUUCUAAAAUCAUAUUUAAUGUUGAACAUUAAAAAUGUAAACCAUAAUCAAUAUUUUCAGCUUCAUUAGCUAUUAAAUGCACCAUGGAUUAAAUUGAUAUGUAAUAAGACCUCACUAAUUUGGAACAGUUGGAACAAAGAUCCACAUGAUGUUUUUAUUUUUUUAAAUUUUAUUUUAAAAAGCAUUUAUUUAUUUUUAUUAUGUAUUUUUAAAAAUUUAUUUUGGCUGCACUGGGUCUUAGUUGAGGCAUGCAGGAUCUUCGUUGUGGCAUGCGGGAUCUUUAGUUGCAGCAUGCGGACUUCUUAGUUGUGGCAUGUGGGGGGCAUGUGAACUCUUAGUUGCGGCAUGCAUGCAGGAUCUAGUUCCCUGACCAGGGGUCCAACCUGGGCCCCCUGCAUUGGGAGCGCGGAGUCUUACCCACUGGACCACCAGGGAAGUCCCACAUGAUGUUUUUUAAAAUCUGGAAAUUUUACAUGGAAUCUAGAUUCUGGCCCCUUGAAAAGAUCGGCAUAUCUAGCAGCACUCGGCCAGCAUUCCUGUAACUAGUAGCUUUGCCCUUUCGUAGGGCAGGUACUUCUGGUUUUAAUUCUUGCUGCCUUACGGGUCUCCUCCUUCACUCCUUUGACCUAUUUGCCUAACUCCAUAGGUUGUGUUUAGGGCCCCUGUCAAUUACUGAUAGCCAAAUUUUAGAGCUGUUGUUUUGUUGCUGCCUUACACACUCCCAAUACCUAAGCAUGGAUAAUGAAGUCUCUCAAGCAGAGGGCCUGUUAGGCCUGGGGGCAGGGGGUGUCAUUUAUAUUUAGCACAUAUUCUUGGCUUAGGUGACUCUUACUAAGGUGUUUGUAUAAUUUAUUUUCUAUGUAGGUUAAAUGUUACUUAUAAUAUGAUAUGCUUCAAAAUCCAUUUUUCUCAGAUACUAUAAAGGUAAACUUCAAACAGA